AUGAAUUCACAACUGUUCAGUGAUUGGUUAGAGAAACUUAAUCGACAGAUGCGCCGACAGGGAAGAAAUAUUCUUUUAUUCAUCGACAACGCACCAUCACACGGCUGUGAUCUGAGAGAGAGCAAUGUAACUGUUAAAUUUCUACCAGCUAACACCACCUCAGUGCUACAACCAUUAGACCAGGGCAUAAUUAAGGCUUUCAAGACCAGGUACAGAAAACACAUGAUGAGAUCGCUCAUUUUACAGAUGGAAGAUUGCGCUAAUGUAAGUGAACUAUGCAAGGCAAUCACAGUGUUGGAUGCGGUUAAUUGGAUUAACGUUGCCUGGAAGGAAACACAAACAACAACAAUUGUCAAGUGUUUCAUGGUUUGUGGUUUUCCUGUCACUUCUGAUUUCGAUGAUGCUGAUGAUGACUAUGCUGAUGACGACGAUGUUCCUCUUUCUACGUUGGUAGCCACCAUAUCCCGUGAUAUUAAUGUGGCCGAGUUUGUUGACUUUGAUCACGACAUCCCAACAGAGAAUCCGGAUACGACAGAGUGGGAAGCUCAGCUAGUAACUGCUAGUAACACCUAA